AUGGCCACUGCAAUCGUAACCGGCGCCACAGGCAUAACCGGCGGCGCAAUCGUCCGCCACCUCUCCAAGGACCCCUCGUACAAAAAGGUCUACGCCCUCUCACGACACGACCCCGGCUACUCCGACCCCAAGAUCCAACAUGCGACCAUCGACCUACAAGGUUCCGCCUCCGACAUGGCGAGCAACCUCUCCGGCCUCUCCGCGGACUACGUCUACUUUUGCGCAUACAUGGCACACGAGGAUCCAAACGAACUAUGCAGAAUAAACGGGACGAUGCUGUCGAAUUUCAUCCAAGGACUGGAAAAGACAGGUGCCGUCAAGACGCUGAAGCGCUUCAUCCUCACCUGCGGCUUCAAGCAGUACGGCGUGCAUCUCGGAAACGCGAAGCAGCCCAUGUUUGAAGACGAUCCGUUGCUCGAGGGUACCUUUGGCGGCGUCGAGUGGCCGCCCAACUUCUACUACGUGCAGCAGCGCAUCCUCUCCGAUGCCGCGGAGCGGAAUCAGGGUCGCUGGGACUGGGUCGUCACGCUCCCGGAGGAUGUGCUGGGGUUUGCCAAGGGGAAUUUCAUGAACGAGGCUACCGCGCUGGGCCUGUAUGCGUGUGUCUCGAAACUGCUUCCUGGGUCUGAGCUUCCGUUCCCGGGGUGCAAGGCGGGGUAUUUUGCGUUCAACACGUGGACGUCGUCGAAUCUGCACGCGAGGUUCUGUCUCUGGGCUGCGACGGCGCCAGGGGUCGGGAAUAACAUCUUCAACGUGACGAAUGGGGACACGGAGUCGUGGCAGAAUCUGUGGCCACGGAUUGCAGAGCGGUUUGGAUGCAGAGUUCCUGAACCCAUGUUCCCGCAUGGUGGGACGGCGGAUACGCAGGGUUAUAAGCACUACGAGAGCAACACGGUCCGAAUGCCGAGUACGCAUCCGCUAAAGGCUCGCGCGGGGGAUAUCGGUGUCGCGCAGAACCCGUCGACUGAAGAGACGCCGACGCUGUUUUUGCAGAUUGACCCGGAGAAGUGGGCAAAGCGAAAGGAGGUGAAUGAGGCGUGGGCUACGCUGAGGGAUAAGUAUAAGCUUGACCAGAGGGCGUGGGAAAAGGCUACCUGGGACUUUAUAUCGUUUGUGUUGGGGAGGGACUGGAGCUGUGUGGGGAGUAUGAGUAAGGCGAGGCGAUUUGGGUGGACGGGAUAUGCGGAUACGUGGAGUGAGUUGGAGGAUGUUUUUGAGACGUUGGAAAAGGAGGGGAUUUUGCCGCCUGCUCAGAAGUUGAAGAGUGAUUUUAAAUGA